CUCUCUAUUUUCUAGCCUUAUCAGCAGAUAACACUCUCAGUCGGUUAGUCUUGUUCGCGCACAUAGCACAGAGUGCUCAACCAUCUCUAGGUCACCCUUGAAGGUGAACCCCAGCGGUCGCAAGUUUUCUUCUUCUGAUAAGAAUAUUAUUUAAAAAUUUUUAAAAAAGCAAAACAAAAAACCUGCAAAUUCAUUUCAUAAAAUACCAUUAGAGAAAAAUACCAUUAAAAAAUCGAGUUUAACGUUAUCUCUGAGGGAACCAAACAUAAUGGGUAAAACAAAAGAAACGGCACGCAUUGUGAUUAUUGGGGCAGGUGCCUCUGGUUUGGCUGCAGGUACUCGACUUUUGGAAUUGGGUUUCAAAGAUGUUCAAAUAAUCGAUGCAAAGGAUCGCAUUGGUGGACGUAUACAUACUGUGGAAUUUGGUGAUAAUGUUGUCGAUCUCGGAGGUCAAUGGUGUCACGGCGAGAAGGGUAAUGUUAUCUAUGAACUUGUGAAAGAUCUUAAUGUUCUAGACCGGACGGGAGAUUUCUAUAGCUCAACGAUUUAUGUCCGUUCCAAUAAGGAGAUUUUGCCACAGCAAACUAGUAAUAUUUUGCGUAGCAUUGCUGCCAAAUAUGCACCAGAGGGAACAGAGGGGCUCAAAGGAUCCCUAGAUGAUUAUGUGACGCCCAAAUAUUGGUCAGAAGUGGCUAAGCAAUUACCCUCGUUGGAUUCUGAGGUGGCCAAAGAAGCUUUGCGAACUAUCAAACUAAUGCUUUGCAGUUGGAAGACAUGUAAUAAUCUCGCCGAUGUCUCACCGAUUAGUUAUGCUCUACCGUCGGAGGGUGAUAACUUGCUCAAUUGGCGUGACAAGGGUUUUGCCAGUUUCUUUACCAUUCUGAUGAAGGCUGAUCCCAAUAAACCCGAUGAUUUUGGUGUUCUCAAUGGACAUGUGACACUGAAUAAAUGCAUUGCCGAGAUCAAUCUGUCAGGUUCAGAUGAUGUUACCAUACGAUGUGAGAAUGGUGAGAUUAUAAAGGCCGAUCAUGUGAUAUAUACCGGUUCCCUGGGCUAUCUGAAAGAACAUCAUCGUACCCUCUUUGUGCCUGCUUUGCCAGAGGCCAAAGUACGCGCCAUCGAUGGCCUUAAAUUGGGCACUCUGGAUAAGUUUUAUUUGGAAUUCGCUGCCGCGCCAACGCCCAAUGAAUACGUGGGCUUUGAUUUCCUCUGGCUGGAUAAGGAUUUGGAGGAUUUGCGUAAGACAGAAUACUUUUGGCUGGAAAGUAUUCGUGGCUUUCAUCGUGUGACCCAUCAGCCAAGAUUGCUUGAAGGUUGGAUAAUUGGUGAGCAUGCUCAGCAUAUGGAAACUCUGACCGAAGAGAAGGUGCAAGAGGGUCUGUUGUGGCUGUUUAGCAAAUUCCUCAAUUACAAAUUACCCAAAUUGAAGGGUAUUAAGCGCACUCAAUUUUACAUGAGCCCGUAUUUCCGUGGCAGUGUUAGCUAUCGUUCCAUAUUGGCUGAUAAAUUGCAAACUGGUCCCUGGGAUCUGGAGACACCACUAACAGCGGCAAAUGGUCGUCCGCGCUUGCAAUUUGCUGGUGAGGCAUCCAGUAAAACUCACAAUUCUUCGGUUAAUGGAGCCGUUGAAACCGGUUGGCGUGAGGCGGAUCGUCUAAAGCAAUAUUAUCUUAAAUAAAGCAUAGCAUAUUGGGGGGGAAAGGAAAGCUAUCAAACCGUGACACACUUAAAAAAUAAUAUCAAGCAAUUAAAACAAAAAAACAUAUUUUACAUUCCGCUGCCUUGGCGAAUGAAGUAAAAGACAAAUUCAUUUGACUUUU